CAACACGAAAAAAUGUGGCGGGAAAACGAAAUCCAUACGGUUUUACAUUUUUCCCGCUAAAAACACACGUUUUAAACGGAAACAAACCACUGCACUACAUCCAAAUCCUCUCACAGAUUCGCAGUUGAGAUCCUUGAGAGUUUCGCCGUUCUUGAUAUUGUAAUUAGCAGCUUAAGCAUGCCCACCAUCGCCGCAAACGACUCAGCUGCCUUCGCAGCCGGCGACAAACUCAAGUGUGGGAUAGCCGUCAAAUCUGGAAGAUCCGGCGAGACCCGGUCCAAUGGCUGCGCCAGUCCGCGAAAACGAAAAUUGAGGAACGAGUCGGCCGUAGAGGAUAAUCAGCUCCCCACUACGCCGCCGCCGGAGCUACGCACGCCGAGGAAGUGGAAAUCUCCUCGCCGAUGCAUGGACGGCAGCCCCAUUAGCCCCCCAUUUGGAAUCAAUGAAGGAUCUGGCGAAAAGCUUGCAAAAGCCCAUACAUUGCUGGUGAAAAAAUUGUCUGAUAGUUUUCUCGACAAACCAAAAUGGAAUCCGAGAGGCAAGUUUAAUUCUAGUUGCAGUUCAUUGCACCAUGGCAGACCAGUUUAUUUGAUUUGUUUGUGUGAUUUGCUCAUGUGUUAAUCAAGUGAGAUGUGUAUAGAUUUGGAGCAACUGAGGGCGGUGAAGGAGUCAUUGCAUGUGUCAAGUAUGCCCUCUAUGGUUGUUUGCCGGGAAGAUGAGCAGAAAAGGGUUUUGGAGUUCUGCAAGCAAUGCAUAGAAAAUGAGAAGGCAGGGAGUUUAUAUGUGUGUGGAUGUCCAGGGACUGGAAAAUCACUGUCUAUUGAAAGAGUCAAAGAGUCCCUGCUAGAUUGGGCCAAGGAAGCAGGUUUUCAGCCACCAGAUGUGCUAGCUAUAAACUGCACUUCUCUAACAAACACGCCUGAAAUUUUCAGCAAGAUUCUGGGGAAUAAUCUACCACAAAAGAAAGCCAAAAGUGCCACUUCACCUUUACAGCAUCUUCAGAGCUUGUAUUCACAAAAUCAGCAAUCAACUAGCAUGAAGAUGACGUUGAUUGUUGCUGAUGAGUUGGAUUAUUUAAUAACUAAAGACCGGGCUGUGCUUCAUGAUCUCUUUAUGCUUACGACUUUCCCUUUCUCUAGAUGUGUAUUGAUAGGAAUAGCCAAUGCUAUAGACCUCGCAGAUAGGUUUCUUCCUAGACUGCAGUCUUUGAAUUGCAAGCCUAUGGUACUUGCUUUCCGGGCCUACACUAAGGAUCAGAUAAUGGUAAUUCUUCGGCAGAGGUUAACGGCACUUCCUUACAAUGUCUUUCAACUGCAAGCAUUGGAACUCUGUGCCAGAAAAGUAGCUGCUGCAUCUGGAGAUAUGAGGAAAGUUCUGUGCGUCUGCAGGAGUGCAAUUGAGAUGCUAGAAGCUGAGCUGGUGCCGUCUAAGUACAAUAUGGAUUUGUCAUCCAGAAAUAAUGGAUACUCCGAUGAUUGGAUAACUCCAGCUAUUGAUCCAAUAAAGCAAGAAAUUGAUGUAGUGAGGGUUGACCAUAUGGCUGUUGCCUUGUCAAAGACUUACAGAUCACCAAUAGUGGAAAUCAUACAAUCCCUUCCACAACAUCAACAGAUUGUUCUUUGCUCUGCUGUAAAGCUUUUCCGCAGGGGAAAGAAGGAUACCACCAUAGGGGAGCUCAGCAAAUCUUACUUAAAUAUCUGCAAAUUAACCGCAAUCCCACCAGUAGGAAUUAUGGACCUUUCAAGUAUGUGCAGAGUGCUAGGUGAUCAGGGUGUUCUCAAAGUAGGUCAAGCUCGAGAAGAUAAAUUAAGAAGGGUAUCACUUAAAGUAGAUGAAUCAGAUAUUGCGUUUGCAUUGCAGGGAGUUCGCCUCUUUCGAAAUUGUCUUAAGUAGCGAUGGUCCUACAGAUAUGGACGACGAGGAACUUUCUUGGCGCUUGGCAUUCAUGGCUGUUCCAUAUCCAGUGAAUGUGCCCCGCCGAAAUGAAGAAUUAAGGGAAUUGUAACCCGAAUGAUCCGAGAUGAUUAGUUCUGAUUAAGUUAACAGAAGGAUGGCUGCAACCUUGCAAGGAUUAUUGCUUGUUGCCAGCAAUGAGUUGUUGAUGGAGCCUGGAGAUAUUUGAAAUCAUACAAGUUAUUUCUAAAUCAAAAGGAAAAAAAGACACCGGGAAGUGUUUUAGUAUAAUUUAUAGAGAUGCUGUAAAAUAUUUCAUUUUGUUUCGCAAAUAUGUACCAGCACAAACAUCUACUUGCAACAAAGCCAUUUGGAAUAUGGUACU